GACGACAGGAAAUGGCAGAGCUAUUGGGUACAGUGUAAUGUGUUGGAAGGGAGGAAAGAAAACUUUACUGUGUUUUGAUUACGUGCAUUCAAGUUGGUUUCCACAACAGAUGAAGGGUGCGACGCUAUGUAUGCUGGCAGCAGCCUUGAUAUUGAGUGUCGCAGGGAGCCUGCCGCCCCCAGAGAGAUCCUAUAACAUCCUCGUGCUCUUUCCUGUCGCUUCCAAAAGUCACAGGAAUGUGCUCAUGGCCGUCGCCGAGGCUUUGGCAGACCGAGGCCACAAGGUUGUGGUCCUUAGCAGUUUCCAGCAAUCGUCUAAGAACCCAAACAUCCUUGAGAUAAACCACGGAUUACCAGGUUUAUCAGAUGGUAUCCUCCCCAUGUUCCAGAAGAGGACAGAUGGAGCUGGUGGCUUAACAGUAAUGCAAAAGGUUCUGCCCGCCAUGGCCCGGAAACUGUAUACAGUGCCAGCUGUCAAGAAAUUAUAUGAAAAAAGGAAAGAGUUUGACCUCGUUGUUAUCAACCAUCUAUUCAACGAGCUCGCGUAUCCCUUCGUGCACGAGGUUCCCUUCAUCACCGUAGCAACCCCCGGGAUGGACCCCCGCCAGAGUGCAGUCUUAGGCAAUGUUCUCAGUCCAUCUUACGUCCCCAACCUUGUGGUCAGAACGCCCUUCCCCAUGUCCAUCUGGCAACGGAUGAAGAACACGGCCAUGCACAUCUACUUCCUUUCUACUGGAGGAAUUGGGUGUAAUUCGCUGGUGCAGAAGGAGAUCUCAGCCCACUUCCCGGAUCUGCCGCCGCUGCUGGAGAUUGAGAAAAACCAAAGUCUGUCACUGCUGAACAGUCACUUCAGCAUGUCCACCACGGUGCCUUUGCUGCCCUCACAGGUGGAGGUGGGCGCCAUGCACUGCCAUCCGGCAAAACCCUUGCCAGAGGAUCUGGAGUCGUGGAUCACAGGCGCGGGCACUGAGGGCGUAAUCUACUUCAGUCUAGGGUCCGUCUCCCGCGGUGACAGCAUUCCGCUAGAGAACCGCCAAGCCCUUCUCGAGGCUUUCAGCAGACUGCCGCAGCGCGUCCUAUGGAAAUACGAAGGAGAGUUGGAGGGCGCGUCUGAUAACGUGAGGAUCAGCAGCUGGUUGCCUCAGCAAGACAUCCUCGCUCACAACAACGUAAAGGUGUUCAUCUCCCACGGUGGCCUCCUUAGCCUUCAGGAGUCUGUCUUCCACGCCAAGCCCCUCCUCGUCAUCCCCAUCUUCGCUGACCAAUGGAGGAAUGCUUUGUUUGUGGAAAAUUCGGGUCUGGGUCGUUCGUUGAAGUGGGAGGAACUUACUACUAACAAGAUAGUUGAUGCCCUCAACGACGUCAUAACAAACCCAAAGUACACAGAGACCGUGUCAACAAUGUCGGCGUCCUUGAGGGAUCAGCUGAAUACGCCGCAGGAACGCGCCGUGUUCUGGUCGGAGUACGUGAUCCGCCACCGAGGGGCGCCGCAGCUGAGGUGCCCGGCCACCCAGCUGUCCUGGGUGGAGUUCCUGCUACUAGAUGUGGUGGGCCUCUUGCUGCUGGCUCUCCUUGUGCUGCUGCUCCUUCUACGUCGUCUACUUAGGGCAAUCCUCGGCGUAGUCUUUAGUAGCCGACUCAAAAAGAAGUCGGAGUUGUCCUCGGCAAGCCACAACCGCGUCUUCAAACCCGUGGCAGAAGGUCUGGCUGAUCGAGGCCACAAGAUCUCAGCCCAGUUCCCGGAUCUGCCGCCACUGCUGGAGAUCGAGAGAAACCAAAGUCUGACACUGAUGAAAACUCACUUCAGCAUCUCGACCCAGGUGCCCCUGCUGCCCUCACAGGUGGAGGUGGGCGCCAUGCACUGCCGCCCGGCAAAACCCUUGCCAGAGGACCUGGAGUCAUGGAUCGCAGGCGCGGGCAAUGAGGGCGUCAUCUACUUUAGUCUAGGCUCCGUCACUCGCGGCGAAACCAUGCCGCCGGAGUACCGCCAAACCUUUCUGGAGACCUUCCGUAGACUACCGCAGCGCGUCCUCUGGAAGUACGAGGGAACGUUGGAGGGCGUGUCAGAUAACGUGAUGAUCAGCAGCUGGCUGCCCCAGCAGGACAUCCUCGCUCACAACAAAGUGAAGGUGUUCAUCUCCCACGGUGGCCUUCUCAGCCUUCAGGAGUCCAUCUUCCACGCCACGCCCCUCCUUGUCCUCCCCAUAUUCGGUGACCAGCGAAGGAAUGCCAUGUAUGUGGAAAGCUCGGGUCUGGGUCGCAUGAUGGAGUGGGAGGAACUUACUGCUGACAGGAUCGUCGACGCCCUCACGGAUAUUACAACCAAAACAAAGUACAAAGAGACCGUGUCGGCAAUGUCGGCGUCCUUGAGGGAUCAGCUGACGACGCCGCAGGAGCGCGCUGUCUUCUGGACGGAAUACGUGAUCCGCCACCGAGGGGCGCCGCACCUGAGGUGCCCGGCCACCCAGCUGUCCUGGGUGGAGUUCCUGCUACUGGACGUGGUGGGCCUCGUGCUGCUGGCCCUGCUGGUGCUGCAGCUCCUCCUGCGACGCCUUCUUAGGAGAGUCUCCACCGUCGUCUUUGGCAUCAACGUUAAGAUAAAGACACAAUGAUGGUACGGCAGGAAAUACUGUGCAUACUGCUGUUUCUAAUGAAUAUAAUAUACAAGAUGUUGCAAGGAGUC